UGGGGGGACGAGUGCCCUUUAAGUAAUCCUUAUGCCACUGCGUGAUGCCUGACAACCACCCUGCAACUUUCUUAAUUUAUCGGUACCCCAAAGAUCCCCAUUGAGCAAUCAAAAGGGCCUAAUUCCAAUACCCUUGCUUCCGUUACCCUACCACAAGCUCUUCGACUGGAACCUAUUCAAUAUGUCAAAGAAGUACCCUGCUCCCGACGCGCCAGUGGUGCGGAUGAUAGUGCUGGAGACCGACAACCCUCACCCCGACACCCAUGCGGCGAAGGGUAGCUUUGGAGAAAUUCUGCACACUCACUUCCAGCAUGCUGGCGCUGAACACGACCCGCCGCUGGGAGUCGAUACGGACCAGAAGUUCGUAGAUUUCGACAGCUAUCAAGGCGUCUUAAUCACCGGAAGCAUGUAUGACGCACACGGAGACAAUCCCUGGAUUCUCAAGCUCCUCGGAGUUCUGCAAGAACUUUGGGAGCGCCGGCCGGAUCUCCACUUGAGCGGCGUAUGCUUCGGCCACCAGCUUCUCAACCGGAUGCUCGGCGCCGAAGUCGCACCAGCGCCUUCGGAAGACUGGGAACUAGGCCACUGCCGAAUUGAGCUUUCGCCGGUGGGCAAGCAGCUUUUCAAGACGGAAGAUGAUCAUGUGCACCUCCACCAAAUGCACCAAGACCAAGUCGUCGCGCCACCUACUACCGAGAGCUCCAAGGGCCUAUUGAAGCCGAGCAACAAGGUGGAUGUGUGGGGACACAGUGAGCACACCAAGGUGCAGGGCGUUUACAUCAAGGGUCGGCUUUUCACGUCGCAGGCGCAUUUGGCGUUUGAUGAGGAUAUGGUGAAGAGACAAAUCCAGAUGAGGAUUGAUAGUGGUGGCAUUCAGGACAUGGAACAUGCGGAUCAGGCAGCGGAGACGGCGCAUUGGGAACAUGACGGUGACUUGGUCGCUGCUGCUAUCCUUAGGUUUUUCCAUGGCGACGAUGAUGAGAUAGAGUGAGCGUUGAUGAGACGUAAGGUUGUACUUGUGCAUGUAGGUAGUUAUUGUCCUGUUGUGUAGUGGCUUAAUAAAUUCUGAAGCU